AUGGAACCAAUGGGCAAUCCGUUGGUCGUUCUUAUCCUGAGCGGUAAACGAAAGAGCGGAAAGGAUUACGUUGCAUCUUAUAUACAAGAAAGUCUAGGAGAUAAGUGUGUGAUCAUGAGACUCUCUGCUCCUCUCAAAACACAAUACGCAAAGGAUCAUGGACUGGAUGUGGAGCGUCUCUUAGAUGCAUCUGAGUAUAAAGAGAAAUAUCGUAAAGAUAUGAUCCAAUGGGGAGAAGAAAUGCGUCGUAUAGACUCGGGAUAUUUUUGUCUUCUUGCGAUCCAGCAAGUGUCUGAUUAUGAUCGAUACCCGGUGUGGCUCAUCUCAGAUGGCAGACGGCCAAGUGACUUGAUUUAUUUUCAAACACGAUAUCCAACAGUGACCAUAAGGAUAUGUGCAAGUGAAGCUACUCGGAUGUCACGUGGAUGGGUGUAUACAGUGGGAGUGGAUGAUGUUGAAUCUGAGUGUGCAUUGGAUGGUAUCGCUCAAUGGGAUUUCAUUGUUCACAAUGACGCAGACAAAGAGCAGCUGGAAAGUCAUUUUGAACCCUUGCUGUGUAAAAUCAGAGGUCAUAUAGCCAAUGGUAUAAGAUGGGAAAAGGAAAUUAUAUGAACAAUACUAGAACUGAACUUGAAUAAUAUAUAUAUAUAUAUAUAUAAUGUAGGAUAUAUUUAUUACAUACAUGAACGUUCCCCACCUUAACAUCCCCAACAACUCAAGUAUGCAUGUCUCAACUACGUACAUCCUCUA